AUGUCCACAAACACGUCUAACUUGAAUGGGAGUCUUGUCGGCUACACUGAAAUGUCAGAGUCAACAGCUGUUCAGCGACGACUUUCGACAGGCACGAAUGCUCAUUUACCUGCUGCUUCUUCCGCUACUUUCCUUUAUGGUAACAUUGGAACCUCUACUCCUGCACCCGCUCCUCCAGUUCGUUCCUCGAGUACCCUGUCAUUGAAAGGCAGAAUGUCCGACCUUGACCCCGACCUGGUAGUAGUUCUCGGUCUUCGUCUUCUGCAUCAGCCUAACUACGUAGCGGUCGCGUGCACAUUACCCAGGACUCUGUUGUGUGCUGGUUUACAUCUCUUAAAACUCUUCCGUCUUCCACUCUUCAACCGAAGCGGCUCCGCAGAACCGAGCAUCUCGGGACCCACAGAUGUGAAGCACGACCUCCACGUGGUCUUCGAUCAUACGAUCGGCGAUUUUCUGACAGAGGACGAGGUCAGUAAACAGUGUUAUGCCUUCUUGCUUAGCAAAAGCCAAUCUCUUCGUGAGGAGGAAAGGCCAGGCAUGCCACCGCAGUGGGUGCAACUGCUCAAGAGCUCCAAUAUCCCCUCCUCGGAGCAGGCCAAGAAUCCCGAUCUCAUGCUUGAUGUACUCCAAUGUUACGACGAGUCUGCCAAGCCCAAGGCGAAGUAUAUGACAAACUUCUCGGGAGUCACUAGUUCUUCGGGCUCAGUGGACUCGAUGAGCCAGUCCUCUUCCACUCGGUGCUCCACAACCACCCAUCAGUUCUCUCCUCCUCCGCCAGCCCCCUCGAGCAUGAGCGAGGGUCUUCACCUCCUCUCCGACCUGCCGUCCUCCUCAACACCACCGCACCACAAGUUUUCUACCCUUUCCAGCCCCCUCAGUAGUUUCAUGCCCUCUAACACCACCGAGACCUCGUCCUUCCGCGGCUACAGCUACAAUGAGACCUCUGGGGCAGUUACCGCAAACUCCACCUGCUCCACACCCCCACCGAUGUACUCUGGAUCGCAGCGAAGGACCAGCGACGUGGUCAGCACCACUGCCACAGGCACAGGCGUCGUUGGAGGUAGACCUCCACCUCCCACACCUCCCCAUCGCACGUGCUCUGGCGGCGGCGGUGAGGCAAAACAGUCACAAUUGCAGCAGCAACAGUCGGAGAGGGAGCAGUCUGCGUCCUCAUCGGCAGCAUCGUGCAACGCUUCCUCGGUACCCAGUUUGCCCACUACAUCGGGUGUCUCGGUGGGUGGUGGGUCGUCCAGCUUUACAAGUGGCUGCUCCUUCUACUACUACUCAGGUAGUGGAGACACAAGCAACUCGCCCACUUCGGCCUGCGGAUUUACCGCUCCCGCUCCACCACCACCGAUUCCACCGCAUCACGUCACCACUGCUCCCACAGCUAGUGGCACCGAUCCUGCUGCCACACUGCGUGGCAGUCACCACCGCUCGGUGCCACCUGCAGCAGCCGUCACCCUCGUUAAGGGUGGGUUGGGCGGAGACGUCAGUGAAGGCGAACACCGAGCUCUCUCCUCUACUGAAGAUUAUCCCUGCUCACAGACAUCGCAUUCUCAGCCUCAACCUCCACUUCCACCUCCUCCACCAGAGACAUCCACUUCUGCGGAAGAGGAAUGUGACGACCAGGAUGAGGAAGAGGAGGAACAGGAGGAGUCUUCUGAGGAAGAAAACGAUGAAAUGGUUAUGAUAACGGAAAUGGAAGUGGAGGAGAAAGAGAUGUCUCCAGACACAGUACAUAACAUGAGUGUGGAGUUGGAGAGGCGGAUCUGCUUGCGUGAUGUCUCCCCUGUCGAUAGUGCUAUCAUGGAUGCCACGGCAACACUUCUACCGCCUGCCUCCAAAUCUGCAAUUGAGAAUGGUGGUACUCUGACCAAUGGUCAUGCAAAGAAACAUCCCAUAGGUAACCCCGAAAACACGGUCAAGCCGCCUCCUCCAUCCACCAACAUCACACAGAAACCAAAUUCUCCGGUCCUAACAGGCAUCACCCCGGCAGUUCAUCACUUCCCCAAUUCGCCCAAGUUAAAUCACUACUAUCACAACAACACCAACAGCAGCCAUAACCAACAGCAUCAGCAUGCCGCGCCGAGAAGACGAACCAACAAUAACCACCAUCGUCUCACCGAUCUUCAGGUGUACGAGAAGUUGCGGACUAUUGUUAGUCCGGGCUGUCCCACGGACAAGUACUGCGUGGUUGAAAAGAUUGGCCAAGGGGCCUCAGGUGUAGUGUGCAGCGGCUACGAGAUUGCAACGAAGAAGUUGGUGGCCAUCAAAAAGAUGAAUAUAGCGCAGCAGCCCAAAAAGGAGUUGAUUAUCAAUGAGAUCCUUGUGAUGCGGGCUAACCGACAGCAGAAUAUUGUCAACUUUCUGGAUGCCUACCUUGUUGCACCUUCACCUUCUACUGCCAUGACAACACCAGUUAAGAGUCUUAACCCAAGCUCAAAUGGGAAUGGUGGCGGAAGUGGUGAGGAACUGUGGGUGGUGAUGGAGUAUCUGGAUGGUGGUUCGCUCACUGAUGUUGUCACGGAAACGUGCAUGGAGGAGGGCCACAUUGCGGCUGUCUGUAAGGAGAUUCUCCAAGCACUUCAGUUCCUGCACGCAAACAACGUCAUCCACCGCGACAUCAAAUCGGACAACAUCCUUCUGGGCAUGGACGGGUCAGUGAAGCUGACCGAUUUUGGUUUCUGCGCUCAGCUCUCGAACGAACGCAUGAAGCGCUCUACUAUGGUGGGUACGCCCUAUUGGAUGGCUCCCGAGGUGGUCACGCGGCGUCAAUACGGCUACAAGGUUGACAUCUGGUCACUUGGCAUCCUCGCUAUCGAGAUGGUGGACGGGGAGCCACCCUAUCUCACCGAGAAUCCGCUUCGUGCGCUCUAUCUGAUCGCAACGAUCGGCAAGCCGGAGAUCAAGGAGCGAGAUCGCCUCUCUGCCACCUUCCUCGACUUCCUGGAUCGGUGCCUGGAGGAGUCAGUUGAUAAGCGAGCUACAGCCUCUGAAUUGCUGCAGCACCCCUUCAUCACUACGCAGGCGAAACCGCUAUCCAGUCUAAUCCCCCUCAUCCAAUUGUCUAGGGAGCAAAAGUAG